AAACCCUAACCCUAAAUCCCUCCAAAAACUCUCAUCUUCUCUCACCGACUUUGACCAGAGAAGCAAGGAUAGUUACAAAUGGGUAAGGUUCACGGAUCUGUGGCGCGUGCCGGUAAGGUGAGAGGGCAGACUCCAAAGGUGGCCAAGCAAGACAAGAAGAAGAAGCCUAGGGGUCGCGCCUAUAAGCGGAUGCAGUACAAUCGCCGUUUCGUCACCGCUGUUGUUGGCUUUGGGAAGAAGCGUGGACCCAACUCUUCAGAGAAGUAAGGUUGGACUUGUUGGAGUCCUGCGUAAUAGGAUGUUUGGAAGUUUGAUGGGAACAUUAUAUUGAAAUUUUUAUGGCUUCAUUAGCAUUAUGUUGUUCUGAAUUACUUUGGAGCUUUUUUUCGGUUUAAGGAAACUAAAUACUGGUAUGUUUUGAUUUCAAAUAUUACUAAGAGCCCCGACGUCUCAUCCUUUACGAUCUUUAUUUGAGCCUCUGAAUUUCAACGAGUGAUAU